AUGCGGCUGCCGCUACCAGGAAACAACAACAACGAGAGCGAAGGACAUACAAACAAAACAACGAGCCAACAAAAAUACCUCGCUGGAGAGAUUAUGUUUGGAGGUCUCCGUCGCUACGAGCCGACAGCAGUGUCGUUGGACGGCUUCAGGGAACAUCCUGUAGGCUUCAUCGCGGCCGACAUUAAAGGCACAGGCGCCUUCACGCAGCUCUUCCUGAUCACGGACUACCACGAGAACGGCUCCCUGUACGACUUCCUGCGUCUGACCACGCUGGACACGGCGACGCUGCUGCGCCUGGCGUACUCGGCGGCCUGCGGCCUCUGCCACCUGCACACCGAGAUCUACGGCACGCAGGGCAAGCCCGCCAUCGCCCACCGGGACCUCAAGAGCAAGAACAUCCUCAUCAAGAAGAACGGCGCCUGCUGCAUCGCCGACCUCGGCCUCGCCGUCAAGUUCAACAGCGACACCAACGAGGUGGACGUCCCCCUGAGCGCGCGGGUGGGGACGCGGCGCUACAUGGCCCCCGAGGUCCUGGACCAGAGCCUCAACAAGAACCACUUCCAGGCGUACAUCAUGGCCGACAUCUACAGCUACGGACUCGUCAUCUGGGAGAUGGCCAGACGCUGCGUCACCGGAGGUAUGGUGGAGGACUACCAGCUGCCGUACUACGAGAUGGUCCCCUCAGACCCGUCCUACGAAGACAUGCUGGAGGUCGUGUGUGUCAAAGGACUGCGUCCCACCGUGUCCAACCGCUGGAACAGCGACGAGGUAUUACCCAGCAUUCAUAGCUCUUCUGUGUCCUGUCCCCUCAGGAUGAAUUACAGG